GGACGAAGGGGGGCUGCGAUCCGAUAGGCUGGCAGCGCGGUGCGCGGAGCUUGGUUCUCGCGGUUCCGGGCGGCCAUUGCGACUUGCGAGUAAAUCGGAGUACAUUGGCGAGUUUCGUCGAGGAGAGUAGGCGCCCUGCGAGCAGUCGCCGUCGCUCGAGUCCGGGGAAACCGAGGGCCGAUUCCGCAGCAGCCUGCACUCUGUGAGACCCGGGAAGCGCCCGAACUCCCGACCCAAUGGCUGAGACCGACAAAUUGAACAUUGACAACAUUAUAACUCGGCUCUUGGAAGUUCGAGGAGCCCGACCAGGCAAAAAUGUUCAGCUAACCGAGGGAGAAAUUCGAGGACUUUGCUUGAAGUCUCGUGAGAUUUUUCUGUCACAGCCAAUUCUCUUGGAGUUGGAGGCACCAUUAAAAAUAUGCGGUGAUAUUCACGGACAAUACUAUGAUUUGCUGAGACUCUUCGAGUACGGUGGAUUCCCUCCAGACAGCAAUUACCUCUUUUUAGGUGACUACGUCGACAGAGGAAAACAGUCUUUAGAAACGAUUUGUUUACUUCUUACCUACAAGAUUAAGUACCCUGAGAACUUCUUUCUGCUCAGAGGGAAUCACGAGUGUGCAUCUAUAAACAGGAUAUAUGGGUUCUACGAUGAGUGCAAACGUCGAUAUAACAUCAAGCUGUGGAAAACCUUUACCGACUGUUUCAAUUGCCUACCGGUCGCAGCGAUCGUCGAUGAAAAGAUCUUUUGUUGCCACGGUGGUCUGAGUCCGGACUUACAAAGCAUGGAGCAAAUCAGGCGUAUCAUGAGACCCACCGAUGUACCAGACCAAGGAUUACUUUGCGAUCUACUCUGGUCAGACCCAGACAAGGACACGAUGGGUUGGGGUGAGAACGAUCGUGGAGUCUCCUUCACCUUCGGCGCGGAAGUUGUCGCCAAGUUCUUACACAAGCACGACUUUGAUCUCAUAUGCCGCGCUCAUCAAGUGGUAGAGGACGGUUACGAGUUCUUCGCGAAGCGGCAGCUGGUGACGCUCUUCUCCGCGCCGAACUACUGCGGGGAGUUCGACAACGCCGGGGCGAUGAUGUCGGUCGACGACACGCUCAUGUGUAGUUUCCAGAUCCUGAAGCCGGCCGAAAAGAAGAAGUUCAUCUACGGUGGCCUGAACGCCGGGAGGCCGGUCACGCCACCCCGGGGAGCGAACAACAAGAACAAGAAGAAGUGAAGGCCUCGAAGUCCGUUCGAGUGACACAUAGGACCGUAAGACCUUCCCUUCGCUCUCCGUCGCCGGAACAAUCCUCCAAACCCCCAUCGCUCCCCGAAAGGCCCCGGUUCCAUCCUUCGUCCUUCCCUCCGCCGAGCCAUCGGUCCUGCGACCUCUCCCGAAAGGGAAAGAAAAAAAAAAAAAGAAGCAAUCGCCCCCCAACCUCUUCAAGAGAAAGCAUUAUGACGUCGCCACGUCGUACGAGCUAUGCGGAUCCAUCCACGAGGUCGGUCGGACUUCGGAUAUAUCGUAAUAAUUACGCCGUGCACCCUGACACACAUACAUACAUACACACGAGAAGAGGAGGAGGACCGCGGAGCGCGUCGUCUCCGUCGAGCUGGAAGAGCACCAGGAUUCUUUCCGGCAACGGAACCUGACCCUGGCGCCCGACUGCGGUGGAUAACGGUGCACCUGGACAACGACGGGACACGAAGACCUUACGGUGCGACAGGCUCCUGGGAGACGCCCGGUCCACGGCCGACCCCUCUUUCGCUUCGCGUCCAUGAAUGAAAAGAUUUAGUUAUUUGUACAUAACGCGUUUUGAUAUGAUGAUACCUCUCGACGUGCCGCGGCGGCCGAUAACGUCGAUCUGGAUUGGCCGACCUGGGGCCGACGCGUGGCGAGGGCCUUGCGUCGCUAUCGAGACGCGUUGCGAGGGCCUCGUGUCGCUGUUGAGAUGCGUUGCAAGGACCUCGCAUUGCGCUCAAGAUAUUGCAAGAGCCUCGCGUCUCUCGAGACGUGUUACAAGGGCCUCGCGUUGCAGUCGAGACGUUUUGCGAGGACCUCGAGACGCGCUGCAAGGACCUCGAGACGCGUUGCAAGGACCUCGAGAUGUGUUGCAAGGACCUCGUAUUGCACUCAAGACACAUUGCAAGACCCUCGCGUCUCUCGAGACGUGUUACAAGGGCCUCGCGUUGCAGUCGAAACGUUUUGCAAGGACCUCGCAUUGCGCUCAAGACACAUUGCAAGACCUUCGCGUCUCUCGAGACGCGUUACAAGGGCCUCGCGUUGCAGUCGAAACGUUUUGCAAGGACCUCGAGACGCGCUGCAAGGACCUCGCAUUGCGCUCAAGACACAUUGCAAGACCUUCGCGUCUCUCGAGACGCGUUACAAGGGCCUCGCGUUGCAAUCGAGACGUUUUGCAAGGACCUCAAAACGCACUGCAAGGACCUCGUAUUGCGCUCAAGACAUUGCAAGACCCUCGCGUCUCUCGAGACGUGUUACAAGGGCCUCGCGUUACAAUCGAGACGUUUUGCAAGGACCUCGAGACGCACUGCAAGGACCUCGUAUUGCGCUCAAGACACGUUGCAAGACUCUCGCGUCUCUCGAGACGUGUGACAAGGACCUCGUAUUGCGCUCAAGACAAUUGCAAGAACCUCACGUCUCUCGAGACGUGUUACAAGGGCCUCGCAUUGCAAUCGAGACGUGUUGCAAGGACCUCGAGACGCGCUGCAAGGACCUCGUAUUGCGCUCAAGACACAUUGUAAGACCCUCGCGUCUCUCGGGACGUGUUACAAGGGCCUUGACAUGCGUUGCAAGGACCUCAAGACGCGCUGCAAGGACCUCGCGUCGCACUCGGAACGCGUCACCUCUUCAUCCCAGAGAGAGAGAGAGAUCAUGAAGAAACGAGCAAGGAUACGGAUACCAAGAGGCAUAAUAUACUAAAGUGACUUGUAACGGA